AUGAGACAAGUGUCAUUGCCCUGUAUCGGCUCGGCAUAUAUGCUAGAGACGGGAUUGUCUAAUUCCCCAACGAAUUUCUUCACCGGAGAGUGUUCUGGGUGCUUAGGGCUGAAACGCAAGGCUAGAAAGAAGCAAAAAUGUGUGAGACCACAGGUCAAAGUCACGCGAUGCGCUAAAAAGAACGCGGCUCAAGUUCUCCUCACAAACAACGCAGAAAGGUACGUGAGACUUGACGAAAAGGAAAAGAGACUUCAAUACACCACAUCAUUAAAAAUGGCUCACAUAGCACGAAAUGAUAAGGCAAAGUCUCGAGUGCUUCUCUUGCCCUACCAACAACCGAGAUCUCGACAAUUUUACCUGGCUUCUCCCGAGUUCUCGGAUCUCGAGUAA